GUGACACGUGUCUCUGUGGACGGUCGUAGAUAGCGACCUUUGGCCUCCCAUCAUUUUCACCUAUAAAUACUAUUGUUCUCACCUUCAUUUUUCACUUUUACCCACUGUAAAUCAGAGCUCUGAGAGGUCGUGCUCGAGAGAAACACUUUGGGAACUUCUCAAGUCGUCGGGAACUCCAGGUAAGGCUGGAGACUUUAAGUUAUUCAUAAGCUAGGUCUUUAAGUUUGUUAAGUAAUGUCGAGUAGUGAGGGUCGAGAAUCUUCUAGCAGUUCUAGUAGUAGUGAGGAGGACGUAGGGACCUCGAUAAUACCGACGGCUAUUCCCCUAGAGGCUACUCCCGAGGCCUAGGUCAAUAUGGUUUUUGAGUAUCCCGACGAACCCUGUAGGCUUAAAGAGCACUCAGUCAUAGCUGCGGCUAGGGAAUAUGGUAUAAUGCCUAAUUGCGAUGUUAGAUUUCCUGACCCCGAGGAUAGGAUUAUUCGAGCACGACGAGUGGAGUUUGUUAUUUUUAGGGAGACCCUUAAGGCUGGCUUUAGGUGGCCCCUUCACCCCUUCUUUAUUGCUCUAUUAGUCGAGCACUCCAUGUGCCCGGAGCAAUUAGUGCCCAACGCCUGGAGGAUGCUCGUUUACUUUUUUAUAGCAUGUAGAUACUUAGGUAUCGAGCCCAACGUUAGCCUCAGCAAAUUAGUGUUCGAGCUUAAGAAGCAUCCUCGAUACACUUGUUUUGGCUAUCUCUCGACAAUUGGGGGCUUUAAAGUCCCGAGGAUGGCGAGCUCUUUAAAGGGGUGGAGGGAGGGGUGGUUUUAUGUUGUAGCCCAAGAACCCGAUCUUCCUUUCUGGCCUGAUUGGGGAAUCCCCGACGCUGAGAAGUUCUCUGAGGGCCAGGUGUAUCCGGAUGUUUUGGAAGAGCAUAGGAGGAUGCUGGUCGGGCUCAGCCCCCUUUUCUCGACGAUGAAGGAGAUUGGGGAAGAGGUUUUAGACCUGGCAGAUAUUAGAGGCGUCGAGGGUAUGUCUUUUGAUCCUCGGGCUCUCCGGAACUUUGUCAGCACAAGGGGAGGCGCUCCUCCACAGGGGCAGCCCUCGAGGAAGAAAAGCAAGAAGAGGCCUCGAGGGGCUCCUGAGGGUGCGAGAGGGCCUGGCGAAACUUCUCGAACACAUCCAGAAGUCUCGACCCCUCUGCAACUGAACCUCAGAUCUCCGACUCCUCGUGUCGUCACUCCUCGCCGUCUCUCACCGGGGGACUUUGGGACUUGCCACCUCGCUCCUGAGCUCGUAAACAAAUACAAAGAGGAGGUCAAACUCGAGGAUGGGAUGAAGGUCCUCGAGGGUCUUACAGUGAAGAUGUUGAGUAUAGCUCGAGGACUCUCUCUGCAAGGGCUCGAGGAGGCCAAGAGGGCAGCUGGGGUCGAGACGUCCAUGGCCUCUAAGGACAGCAGGAUUCAAGACCUCGAGGCCCAGGUCGAGGUUUUAUUGAAGGAGCGUGAUGACGCGAGGAGGGAGGCUGCAAAGGCCAGGGAUGACUUGGUUGCAGCAAAGGAUGAGGUCGAGGGGGCGAGGCUCGAGCUCAUCCAGAAGACAGAGGAUUUCGGGCGCGAGCUCGAGGCUAUCAGGGAGAAGACUUGGGAGGAGUUUAAAACCUCCGAGGACUGCGACAAGAUAAAAGGGGAGUAUGCGUCGGGGGCGUACUUCCAUGCUCUGAAAGAAGCCCAGGCCUUCCUCAGGCAGAAGGUUCCCGAUGUCACUCCAGACGACCUGAAGACGGUGCCUUCCAUUGCUGAUACAUUGGAGCUCUCGGGUUCGGAAGAUGGAGGAGGAUCGGGUGGAGAUGAUGAGGAAGGUCUUGAGGACGACGUUGAGAUCGACAUCAGCAACCUCGACCCUCCUCUUGGCCACAUUGGAUGA